GAGCUCUCGGCAGAGAGAGGCAGACUGGUAGCGGGUGUCCUCGGAAACUGCAGUAGCACCGACUACAGGAGCCGGAGCCGAAGCCGGAACCACACCCACGUCACUACCCUUUCUUCUUCUGUCAUCUCACCGGCCCGCCACAGACCGCGUUCCCUAAGGAAGGCAGCCGCCCACGCCCGGAGCAUCCUCCCCUGUCGAGCGGGCGCUGACGGACCCGGCGGCAUGAUGCGGCUGAGAGGCUCGGCGAUGCUGCGGAACCUGCUCCUGAGGUCGCCCGCCACCGUCAGCGCGGCUCUCAGGCGGGCACAGCCCCUGGUCACCCUGUGCUGGCGUCCCCGGGGCGGGGGCCCGGCGGCAGCCGCGCGACUCCACCCGUGGUGGGGCGGGGGCGGCCGGCCAGCGGUGCCCCUCACACGGGGCCUGUCCAGCUCUCCGUCGGAGAUCUUACAGGAGCUAGGCAAGGGGGGCACGCAGCCGCAGCCCGGGGCGUCGCCACCCGCUACCCCGCCCGCGCCCGGCCCCAAGGACAGCCCCGGGGAGACUGACGCGUUCGCCAACAGCGAAGGCAAAGAGCUGGUGGCCGUAGGCGAAAAUAAAAUAAAACAGGGUCUGUUACCUAGCUUGGAAGAUUUGCUGUUCUAUACAAUUGCAGAAGGACAAGAGAAGAUACCUGUUCAUAAAUUUAUUACAGCACUCAAAUCUACAGGAUUGCGAACGUCUGAUCCCAGGUUGAAAGAGUGUAUGGAUAUGUUAAGAUUAACUCUUCAAACAACAUCAGAUGGUGUCAUGCUAGACAAAGAUCUUUUUAAAAAAUGUGUUCAAAGCAACAUUGUUUUGUUGACACAAGCCUUCAGAAGAAAGUUUGUCAUUCCUGACUUUAUGUCUUUUACCUCACACAUCGAUGAGUUAUAUGAAAGUGCUAAAAAGCAGUCUGGAGGAAAGGUUGCAGAUUAUAUUCCUCAACUGGCCAAAUUCAGUCCUGAUUUGUGGGGUGUGUCUGUCUGUACAGUAGAUGGGCAGAGGCAUUCUAUUGGAGAUACCAAAGUUCCCUUUUGUCUUCAGUCCUGUGUAAAACCUUUGAAAUAUGCCAUUGCUGUUAAUGAUCUUGGAACUGAAUACGUACAUCGAUAUGUUGGGAAAGAGCCAAGUGGAUUAAGAUUCAACAAACUGUUUUUAAAUGAAGAGGAUAAACCACAUAAUCCUAUGGUAAACGCUGGAGCAAUUGUUGUGACUUCAUUAAUAAAGCAAGGAGUAAAUAAUGCUGAAAAAUUUGACUAUGUGAUGCAAUUUUUGAAUAAGAUGGCUGGUAAUGAAUAUGUUGGAUUCAGUAAUGCAACGUUUCAGUCUGAAAGAGAGAGUGGAGACCGAAAUUUUGCAAUAGGAUAUUACUUAAAAGAAAAGAAGUGUUUUCCAGAAGGCACAGACAUGGUUGGUAUAUUAGACUUCUAUUUCCAGCUAUGCUCCAUUGAAGUGACUUGUGAGUCAGCCAGUGUGAUGGCUGCAACAUUGGCUAAUGGUGGUUUCUGCCCAAUCACUGGUGAAAGAGUACUGAGCCCUGAAGCAGUUCGAAAUACAUUGAGUUUGAUGCAUUCCUGUGGCAUGUAUGAUUUCUCAGGGCAGUUUGCUUUCCAUGUUGGUCUUCCUGCAAAAUCCGGAGUUGCUGGGGGCAUUCUUUUAGUUGUUCCCAAUGUCAUGGGCAUGAUGUGCUGGUCUCCUGCUCUGGACAAGAUGGGCAAUAGUGUGAAGGGAAUUCACUUCUGUCAUGAUCUUGUUUCUCUGUGUAAUUUCCAUAACUAUGAUAAUUUGAGACACUUUGCAAAAAAACUUGAUCCUCGAAGAGAAGGUGGUGAUCAAAGGGUAAAGUCAGUCAUAAAUCUUUUGUUUGCUGCAUAUACUGGAGAUGUGUCUGCACUUCGAAGAUUUGCUUUGUCGGCCAUGGACAUGGAACAGCGGGACUAUGAUUCUAGAACAGCGCUCCACGUAGCAGCUGCAGAGGGUCAUGUUGAAGUUGUUAAAUUUUUGCUGGAAGCCUGCAAAGUAAAUCCUUUCCCCAAAGACAGGUGGAACAACACGCCCAUGGAUGAGGCGCUGCACUUCGGGCACCAUGAUGUGUUUAAAAUCCUCCAGGAAUACCAAGCCCAGUACACACCUCAAGGAGAUUCUGACAAUGGAAAGGAAAAUCAAACCGUCCACAAGAAUCUUGAUGGAUUGUUAUAAUGGUCUUAGAUCCCAAGAUUUAAGUCACUUACCUAUUUAAUUGUGGAAAAUGAGUAUGAAGAACGUGUGUAUUUCUAUCUGGUAGUGAUGUACAUUUUACAACAUUUGUCAUUUCAGUGUUACUGGAGUUUUCUUCAUUGUGCGCACAGGACAAAUCUGAUCUCUUUGGGAAAAAAUAGAAAUAAAACAAUCUCCCUUCAUAAUGUGAGCAAUAUUUACCUCGUGCAUUGUAUAAUUUGAUGUAAAAGAAAUAGUUACCAAUGCUAGCUUAAUUGUGUGGUCUUCACGAUUUACUUGUGUGUUUUGUGAAUUUUCCGUUUAUGGUGAUGAUCUGCUGAUAUGCAUUUAAAAAUAAAGCUUUGUUGUACAGUCUGCCCAAAUAGGUCAAGGCUGCCUUUAGAAGCAAAUAUUGUGAUUUCAAGACUCCUAUUAUAGAUUUAGCGUGAGUGUUUGAACAACUAUUGCACUUAUGGUUGUGUGUUUUAAAAUGUCUCCCUCUAGCUUCACAAUGUGAUUCUUAAAAAAUUAUAAUAAUUAAGAACUGUUAGAAUAGACCAAUUCUGAUUAGACUUUAUCAGGGAAUAUGUUCAAAAUAUGUUUGGUGACCAAAACAUAUGUGUGAAUGUAGUUAUAAUACUUUUGAGAAAAUUUCCUUUUUCUAUAUGCCCUUCCUCCAGCCUCUUUUCUCAGAAAUUGAGCUCUCUGCCUCUUUCCUUUUGCUGGGAAAGCGAGUGCUGGCAUACUAUGCAGUUUUCAUGUUUUCCACAGUAAGUCAGAAAAUGCCUCCUGUGUCUGGCAUCAGAGCGUAACUUUGCCAUUUGUGUAUAGAAGAUGAACCAGAGUCAAAAUUACUAAUCAAGGUAUCAAAUAGUCAAACUUACCAGUCUAGAAAAUGACAGGAUGUGCUACUGUAGCUCUUUGAUUUUUUUUUUUUUCCUUAGCUUCUAGGAUAAAGAGAAAUCCAGACAUGCUCUAAGCUACCAAAGUUAUUCUGAUAUCAUGGAAACUGCUACAAAUAACACUUAUUUUUAAGCAUUAUCAUUAAAAGUCUGCAUCAAGGUAUUGGUCCUCCUUGGAAGACCAAUGGAUCACUCCAGAUUUCUUCUGAUUUCUCUAUUAUGUACAUCGUUAUGGUCUCUUUAAAUAAAAAGAGGCUAUUUUAUUUUAAAUUGAGACCCAUCAUUUCUUUGUCAUGGGGCAUUAACUCAGAAUUUGGAGAGUCAAAGGGGCUUCAAAACGUAAAGGAGUUUCUAGGAAUUGCACAUAUACUUUAUCCUGUCAUACCUCCAGGGCUGUGUUAGUGAGGACUUCUGCUGUUUAGUGCUGCACAAACAAAUGGACGUUUUUGAAACAGUGUUUAGUAAAAUGAGAAUUCUCAACUACAUCAACGCUAAUCGUUACCACAUAUAGGUCUCCUUUUUUUUCUGAUCAGCAUACACUGUUGCUUUUAAGCUUUAUGAUGCCUGAUGGCACCUUACUCCAGCAGCCUCCAGGUGCUUUGAUUUUUGCUCCUAGUCUAAGUCAGUGGCUUCAGCUUUGCCCUCCCAUUACCAAGACAACACCUCCUUUGGUGAAGCCAUGGCCAGUGUUCCUCAGCUGCAUCGGGCAUGAAGCUGCUCUCACACCCGAGCUUCUGUGUAGAGGAUAAUGGGUGGGCAGUCAGCCCUGCCAGAGUUCCUACCCCACAGAUCUGCCAAGCCACACAGACAGGUAGCAUUUGCAAGAUACUUAUCUUCAAAGAUAUUACAGAGUAGACACAUUUUAAUUGAAAUCAAUUAAGAUAACUGUUCAAAUAGCAGCUUGUUGUGUGUUAUUAAAAUAACAUUAAGAUGGCUGAAUUGUGUGGCAUAACGAUUACCAAUGAUUAAGAGACUUCUCAAAUAAAAAAGAGUUCUAUUAUUUGGGAACAAACAAGAGUUUUCAUCUCUUAUCAGAUCAAAACUGUUCUGUAAAAUCUUUAUUGUUAAAUGUGCUCUUAUUUAUCUCUGAUGUUGUGACUACGCCUGGUUCUUGCUCUGGCUGUUUGCUGUUGGCUGGUAAUAUGAGUAAAUUUGGUUUAAAUGCUUGUUACUCUGCUAUUAACUGCUGCCAUCAGCAACUCCAAAGGUCUUUUGGUUUUGGCUUUCAGAUUCUAUGUGCUUUGUCUGUAUGGGGAGAGCUUUAUAUGGUCAUGUUAAUUUAAAGCUUUGUCUACACUGUUGUUUUUGCUGAUCUUGUUCUGCUGGUCUCAUCUUUGGUAAUAUGCUGAACCCCACUGCUGCCCCACACUGCCCUUUAGCUGCACAGCUGGAUUAGCUGUUGCCCAUCUGAUGCUUUGUCUGGCAGGGAUUGAAUGACCUGAUGUUGGAUUUAGAUUCUUCCUGGGGAUUACACAGCUAUGAAUGUAUUUGCUUCCAAAACUUCCCAAAGUGAAUCUAAUCUUAAAACUAGAAGUUGUAAGUAUCCUAAAACUGGGAAACUUUAUUUUAAAUGAAAUAAGGUAGUGUUGCUUUUUACAGUAUAAUAAAUACGUGUAU